GUGUGCGCCGGUAAAGAAACUCAGUAGAGCGACCUCACCAAGGCGCAAAGGCAUCCGAAGGCCACUUCACCUGUGUGAUGACUUUGACUGUGUGAAGUUGGACAGAGAGGCGGUCCGGAUGCUUGCUGCUCUGCGGUGUGCUGCCCAGCUUAGCUGACAGUCGGUUACAGCUGAAAGAGCAGUUUAAUAAAAAAGGAAAGAGAAAGAAGAAAAAAGCACUUUGACGCUUGUCUUGUGAACUCCUGCGCACCCCGCUUAUCCGUUCAGCGCCUGGCCUCGGACGCACCGACUUGUUGCCCCGGCUGAGCUCUGAGGGGGCCACGGCUGCUGUGUUGCGUGUCCGACCUACAAGUCAGCGACAGGACUUAAAAGGCUGCUGUAAGGAUGAUGUCCUACAUAAAGCAACCCCAUUACACCAUGAACGGGUUAAACGUGCCUGCCCCUGGAAUGGAUGUGCUUCACACAACCGUCGCUUAUCCACCCACUCCCAGGAAGCAGCGCAGGGAGCGCACCACCUUCACCCGCACACAGCUGGACAUCCUGGAGGCGCUCUUCUCAAAGACCCGCUACCCAGACAUCUUCAUGAGGGAGGAGGUGGCCCUCAAGAUCAACCUGCCUGAGUCACGCGUCCAGGUUUGGUUUAAAAACCGCCGUGCCAAGUGCCGCCAGCAGCAGCAGCAGAGCAGCGGCCAGUCCAAGCCCCGGCCUCCCAAAAAGAAGGCCUCGCCAGCGCAGGAGCCUAGCGCUCCUGAUCCCGUUUCUAACCCAUCUGGCUCAUUUAGCCCCUCCUCAGCCCAGUCUGGCCCCAGCCUGGCCCCAAGCUCCAGCACCGGAAACACUGCUGUGUCCAUCUGGAGCCCAGCCAUCUCACCCCUGCCAGACCCCUUGGCCUCCUCCUCGGCACCCUGCAUGCAGCGGCCCUCACCUUACCCUAUGAGCUAUGGCCAGCCGUCAGCCUACACCCAGGGCUAUGCUAGCACAACCUCCUACUUCACUGGCCUGGACUGCAGCGCCUAUCUGUCCCCCAUGCAUUCACAGUUGUCAGGCACCGGAGGUGCUCUCAGCCCCAUUGCUGUGCCCUCUAUGGGGGGCUCCCUAAGCCAGUCCCCAGCAUCUCUGUCUUCACAGGGCUACAGCACUGCCUCUUCCCUAGGCUUCACCUCUGUCGACUGCCUGGACUACAAGGACCAGCAGGCCUGGAAGCUGGGCUUCACCACAAUGGAUUGCCUGGAUCACAAGGACCAAAACUCCUGGAAGUUCCAGGUUCUCUAGAAAGGGUGUCAACAUGCCACGUGCAUCAGUGAAUCCCAUGUAAGAUAGGGCAAAGCAGUUCUCCCAGAGGACUUAACAUUGAUUUCUCAGUUUUUCAUUUGUAAGAUUUUCUGUAGGAAAUGCAUUUGAUUUAAAAGGUUUGGAGAUGAACAAAUGAAUGACUGUCAUCGAUGCUGCCUGACUGCAAAUCAUGUCUGUUUUCUUCUUCAUGUUAUCUUAAAUAAGAGAACAAACGCCUUUAAACAGUUUGAAGGAAAAGACUGGAGAAACAACACAAGCUAUCUCUUUCUCUCGCACACACACACAGACACACACACACACACACACACACACACACACACACACACACACACACACACACACACACACACACAUACACAUACACAUACACUUUUUUGUGUUCCGUUUGCAUAGAGUGAAAGGAGAGCUUUUUGUCCUGGAUGAGCUCCUGUAGGUCCUCCUUCAGGGUUACUUUAUUUUGAGCUAUUUAUUAUUAAUAUUAUUAUUAUUUGAAGUUCCAUUUGAAUAUCUAAUUUGACUGCAUUUAGAUCUUUUUUAGCUUUCGUGUUAAGUAUUACAGUGUUCACCUUUAGUGUCAUCAUCUUGAUCUGUUUGAUGGAGAAAAAAAAUAGAUUUUCUGUUUUAAAUGUGACACAUUAAAGUCAUCUAUUCUUUACAUGUUUGUGCACUGAUGAUCAUUGGGAUGAGUUCCAGUUUGAAAGUGUAGCUUUAGGGGAUUUGGAAGACACAGUUAGGGGUCAGUGUGAAGUGGAGUUUGGAUGUAAAGUGGCCAUGUUGUAGCAGUGGGCUCUGGAGCCGCCAUGUUUGUCAUAAGGCCUGCAUGGCUCUCACUGUUCCAUCUUGGUUAUUUUAGCUUAUCUGAUUCUGGGAGUGUUCCAAUCCUCUUAGAAUCCCUUCAGCAAUGCCCUAAGUGAAUUAGUUAGGAUUAUUGCCCUACCUCCCUCUGUCUGUCACCUACCUCAGCCUCUUCUUCCACUUCCAUUCCCCUCUUUCUCCUGUUUCCCUCCAUCUUUUCUGUCUAUUCUCUCCCAUCAGCUUUGCAGUAUUACUUUUUCCUCCACCUCUGGCUGUUUUCUCUCUUAAAGCCUUUUCAGUUUAGCUGCAUCUCUGUUGUCAUGCACAUCUCCCAAAAACAGCUGUCUCACUGACCACAGUGCAGUUUAAUAAAGUGCUUUUUGCUUACA